CUCUGUGCGGGGCUGCCGGGCCCAGUGUCCUCGCAGCCCCCGACGGUCAGGACGCCCCUUCGCCUCCCGCGUGCCUCAGGAGUCAGUGCCCUGCCGCGCUCGCCAUGAAGGGGGCUCUGGCCCUAAUCAGCCUGGCCUUCCUGGCGCUGGCCCCGCCCGGAGACCCUCAGCAGACGGCGGACGAUGCCUGCUCCGUGCAGAUCCUGGUCCCCGGCCUCAAAGGGGAUGCUGGCGAGAAGGGAGACAAAGGCGCACCGGGCAGGCCUGGAAGAGUGGGCCCCACGGGAGAGAAAGGAGACGUGGGGGACAAAGGACAGAAAGGCAGUGUGGGCCGCCACGGGAAGAUCGGCCCCAUUGGUUCGAAAGGUGAAAAAGGGGAUUCUGGCGACGCGGGGCCCCCCGGCCCCAAUGGAGACCCAGGCCUCCCGUGCGAGUGCAGCCAGCUGCGCAAGGCCGUCGGGCAGAUGGACAACCAGGUCUCCCAGCUGACGACCGAGCUGAGAUUCAUAAAAAACGCCGUCGCCGGCGUGCGUGAGACCGAGAGCAAGGUCUACCUGCUGGUCAAGGAGGAGCGGACCUACGUGGACGCGCAGCGGUCCUGCCAGGGGCGAGGCGGCACGCUGGCCAUGCCCAAGGACGAGGCGGCCAACGGCCUCAUGGCCGCCUACGUGGCGCAGGCCGGCCUGUCUCGUGUCUUCAUCGGCAUCGACGACCUGGACCGCGAGGGCAGCUUCGUGUACGCCGACCGCUCCCCCGUGCAGGCCUUCCACAAGUGGCGCGGCGGCGAGCCCAACAACGCCUACGACGAGGAGGACUGCGUGGAGAUGGUGGCCUCGGGUGGCUGGAACGAUGUGGCCUGCCACCUCACCAUGCACUUCCUCUGCGAGUUCGACAGGGAGAACGUGUGAGCGCGGCUCCCGCCCACGCG